UCAACAUCUGGUACAAGGCGGUGCAACGUCACAGUCUGGUCGACAGACUCUCGUGAGCUAAGUGUGCGCAUUCCAAAGGGCUGUUCAGCGAGGCCGCACUACUGAGAGUGGUUUCCGCUAAACCAUUAUCUGCAGUGGCAUUUGCCCCUACCCCGGUGCCUUCAAUUCCCAUCGAGCUUCGCAACGCUUUGCUGCUCUCUUCGGACAGGCCUGGGCUCGACUCUGAUCAACUAGAAAGAGGGCGUACAAGAUGCCGCCGAAAAAGGGAGGUGGUGCCCCGAAGGGCGGCGCUUCGUCGAAGCCCGCUGUUGACAAGUCUUUUGGUAUGAAGAACAAGAAGGGUGCAAAGCAGCAAAAACAGAUUCAAGUGUUGCAAAAGGAGCUGUCACAGUCUGGCAAGACGAAGGAGCAAUUGGCGAAGGAAAAGCAGCGUGAGGCUGAAAAGAAGGCCAAGGCAGAAGCAGAGAAGAUGCGGAGGGAGCUAGCAGCGGACAUCACGAUCGUCCAACCGAAGGUGCCAUUUGGUGUCGAUCCGAAGACGAUCACGUGCGAGUUCUGGAGAGCAGGGAAAUGCGACAAGGACCGGAAAUGCAAAUUUGCGCACUCCCUUGAUGCCAAUCGGAAAGCGCAGAAGAAGGACUUGUACGUCGACACGAGGGAGCAGGAGCGCGAGGAAAAGGAAGCAGACACGAUGGACAAGUGGGACGAAGAAAAGUUGAACAAAGUCAUUCUGAGCAAGCACGGAAAUCCGAAAAGCACGACGGACAAGGUGUGCAAGUACUUUUUGCAGGCCGUCGAGGAUGGCAAGUAUGGGUGGUUCUGGGAAUGCCCGAAUGGCGGCGAAAAGUGCAUGUAUAAGCAUCGUCUACCGCCAGGCUUUGUGCUAAAGUCACAGCGCAAGGAGCAAGAGGCGCUGGAGAAGGCCAACGAGAUCUCGCUAGAAGAGUUCCUUGAGGUCGAGCGACACAAGCUCGGGCCGAACCUGACGCCCGUGACGGCGGAGAGUUUCGCCAAGUGGAAGAAGGAGCGCGUGGACAAGAAAGUCGCAGAGGAGGAGGCGCUCAAGGGCAAGAAGGAGCGCCAGGCGCAGAUGAACAAGCUCACCGGGCUGUCCGGUCGUGAGAUGUUUGAGCUUCAGCCGGACAUGUUUGAGGACGAGGAGGACGAAGCUGACGGGGUGUUCGACAUGCGCGAGUAUAUCUCCAAGGACUGGGAGCAAGAUCGCCAAUCGGACGAGGAGCACACAGGGCUUUCGGAGGACGAGGACUGCCAAGACGAUGAAAACGAACAGGACGGCGAGGGAGAGGAGCGAGGGCAAGCGAAUGGGGAUGCGAAUGGCGACGCACAUGCAGAUGCAGAUGCGACAGCAGAUGACAUGCAAAAUCUCAACGUCAAUGGGCAUGGAGAUGAAGGCAAGGAGGAGGGCAAACGAAAGGAGUGAAAGCCCAGGCAGUAUCCCUUUCCUUAUUCGCCCCACUCUUACCCUCCCUCUCUCGAUCCUUUCUUCUCACUUGGAUCUAGCUGUAUUUCUACGCCUGCGCGACCAGCAGUCCUGGAUAAAAAAAGCCGCGUUCUG